AUGAAUCCAGAAGAACGAAUCGUGACAUGGCUUAUCUCCCUGGGAGUCUUAGAUUCCCCCAAAAAGACCAUCUGCGAUCCGGAGGAGUUCUUGAAGUCCUCGCUGAAAAAUGGGGUAGUGCUGUGCAAGCUUAUCAACAGACUUGUUCCUGGCUCUGUGGAGAAGUACUGUACGGAACCCCAAACAGAAGAAGACUGCACCAGCAACAUCAAUGACUUCCUGAAAGGAUGUGGGACGCUUCAAGUGGAGGUGUUUGAUCCUGAAGACCUUUAUUCAGGGGUCAAUUUCGCCAAGGUCUUGAGCACUCUGUUAGCUGUCAGCAAAGCAACAGAAGAUCAGCUCUCAGAAAGACCAUGUGGACGUGCCUCUUCACUUGGUGCUGCUAAUAGUUCUCAGACAAACCCACAGGGAGCAGUUUCUAGCAGAGCUUCAAGGCUGCAAAGGCAGUCCAAGGCAGUGGAGAUGACGGAGAAUGGAAGUCACCAGUUGGUAGUAAAGGCAAGAUUUAACUUCAAGCAGACUAAUGAGGAUGAACUGUCAGUCUGUAAAGGAGACAUCAUUUACGUCACUCGAGUUGAAGAAGGUGGCUGGUGGGAAGGCACACUGAAUGGGAGAACAGGCUGGUUUCCUAGUAAUUAUGUCCGAGAAAUUAAAUCCAGUGAGAGACCUCUCUCCCCCAAGGCUGCCAAAGGACUCGAAAGUGUUCCACUAACCAAGAAUUAUUAUACAGUGGUGUUACAGAACAUCUUGGACACCGAAAAAGAGUAUGCUAAAGAACUCCAGUCUCUUCUUGUUACUUACUUAAGACCCCUGCAGUCCAAUAACAAUCUUAGUACUGUGGAAUUUACAUCUUUACUGGGAAACUUUGAAGAAAUAUGCACAUUUCAACAGACCCUCUGCCAAGCCUUGGAAGAAUGUUCCAAGCUUCCGGAAAACCAACACAAAAUUGGAGGAUGUCUCCUGAACCUCAUGUCUCAUUUCAAAUCCAUGUAUCUGGCUUACUGUGCAAAUCAUCCUUCAGCAGUAAAUGUGCUCACCCAGCACAGCGACGAGUUGGAGAAAUUUAUGGAGAAUCAAGGUGCUUCCAGUCCAGGACUCCUCAUUUUAACAACAAGCCUCAGCAAACCGUUUAUGCGGCUGGAAAAGUACGUGACUCUCCUGCAAGAGCUGGAACGGCACAUGGAGGAUACUCAUCCAGAUCAUCAAGAUAUUCUGAAAGCAAUCAUGGCCUUCAAAACGCUCAUGGGACAGUGCCAAGAUCUGAGGAAGAGAAAACAGCUGGAAUUGCAGAUACUUUCUGAACCUAUUCAAGCAUGGGAAGGGGAAGAUAUAAAAACCUUGGGCAAUGUGGUUUUCAUGUCACAAGUAAUGGUGCAGCACGGCACGUGUGAGGAGAAAGAGGAGCGGUACCUCAUGUUAUUUUCAAAUGUGUUAAUAAUGCUAUCUGCAAGUCCUCGGAUGAGUGGCUUCAUCUAUCAGGGAAAAAUAUCAGUAGCAGGAAUGGUGGUGACCAGACUAGAUGAAAUUGAAGGGAACGACUACACAUUUGAAAUCACAGGUAGCCUAACAGAGAGACUUGUGGUCCAUUGCAACAACAGCCAGGACUUUCAGGAGUGGCUGGAUCAGCUCUUCAAACUGACCCGAGGACCUGCCUCUUGUGGUUCAUUAUCCAAAACCUCGUCGUCCGGCAGUGGUCAUUCCUCUUUUAGCUCUUCUGGACAGCCUCGAGGACCCUUGGAGCCUCCUCAGAUUAUAAAACCGUGGAGUUUAAGUUGUCUACGACCUGCACCUCCACUUAGACCAUCAGCAGCACUAGGUUAUAAAGAGAGGAUCUCUUAUAUCUUAAAGGAGUCUAGUAAAAGUCCCAAAACAAUGAAGAAGUUCCUUCAUAAAAGAAAGACUGAAAGGAAACCAUCAGAGGAGGAAUAUGUGAUUAGGAAAAGUACGGCUGCUCUGGAAGAGGAUGCCCAGAUACUGAAAGUGAUUGAAGCCUACUGUACCAGCGCGAAUUUCCAACAAGGUCAUAACUCAAGUACUCGCAAAGAUUCUGUUCCACAAGUAUUACUCCCUGAGGAAGAGAAACUCAUCAUCGAAGAAACCAGAAGUAAUGGCCAGACAAUCACUGAAGAAAAGAGCCUUGUCGAUACUGUUUAUGCUUUGAAGGAUGAGGUCAAGGAACUGAAACAGGAGAAUAAAAGAAUGAAGCAAUGCCUGGAGGAAGAACUGAAGUCAAGAAGAGACCUCGAGAAGCUGGUCCGGAGAUUGCUGAAGCAAACGGACGAGUGUAUUCGGUCUGAAUCUGGUAGCAAGGCUUCUGUUCUUCCAUAA